UCUGCAGGCCUGUGGUAGAAAUGGUACAGGACAUCCAUGAUGGGAACUUUCUCAGAUUCGGAACAGGCAAACUAAAAGAGCUUUAUAAACUGCUGCCAGAAGAAAGUGAGGCGAGGCAGCUGCUGUCAUUCAGUGGGAACCUCUCUGUGUUACCUGAGGCUGACCAGUUCAUGGUGCAGCUGGUCAAAGUGCCAGGCUACAAGGAACGCCUGAAAAUGAUGGUGCUGAGGGAGGAAUUCUUUCCUCUCAUGGAAGAGGUGCAUAGUUCGGUUGCUGUCAUGACCAAAGCAGCUAAUGAGCUGUUGGACUGUGAUGACCUCCACUCAGUCAUUAGGCUGGUAUUAAAAGCCGGGAACUACAUGAAUGCUGGUGGUUACAGUGCCAAUGCUAUCGGCUUCAGGAUGACCUCUCUUCUCAAGUUGGCAGACACCAAGGCCAACAAACCUGGCAUGAAUCUCAUGCACUAUGUUGCCAAGCAAGCAGAGGACAUUGAUGCUGAGUUGCUGACUUUUCCCAGCCAGCUUGGUCACAUUGGGGAGGCAUCGAGAAUUUGUAAAGAGGAGAUAAUCACAGACUUUGAGAGAGAGGUCAAGAAGAUCAAGGAAGUGAAAUUAUACAGCAGCAGACAGCCUGACCUCUUACAGCAGCUGGAGACUUUUCUCUUGAGGGCUGAUGCCAAGCUGGCUGACAUGGAGUCCUCUAUCCAGGAGCUAACUGUUGUGAGUAAUGCUGUUGCUGAGUUCUUCUGUGAAGACCCAGCUAGCUUCAAACUGGAGGAGUGCUGCUCCAUCUUUCAUUCAUUCUGCAAGCGGUUUCACACAGCUGUACAGGAGAACCGAGAGCGAGAAGCCGCAGAGCAGAGACGCAAGCGGAAGGAGAGCAUGCGCACUACAGCAAAACGCCGCUCCACAGUUCCCAACUCACGACCUGAGCCUGAGUGGGACUCCUGCAGCUUGAACUCGGCCUUACACAGCUUUCUGUCCACCGCUCCAGAAGGAUUAGCCAGAUGUAGGAGAAACAUGAUGCCCCCAAUUGAAGGAUCCCCCUCUGACCACAGUUCUCAGACUGUUCCAUCUGAAGAAAUAUCUGAGGCUACAAGAGAGAGGCCUGAGAAGAAACAACCCAAACUGCAGAAAGAGGAUGAGCAGCUUGCAGGACUGGAAAACAAAGAGGAAGCUGAGAAGAUGCGCGAGGUAACUCGAAAGGUGCUUCGCUACCAACGCAGCAAAGGUCAGCUUGAUGGAGACAGAGUUUCAGGCACUCCAUGCCGGUCAGAGCGAGUGCAACACAGUCCAGCUACUCCGAGUACUCCUCAGCCUAGAACCAGAGACUUCUUCUUUGCCAACAAUGGGGAGUUUGGGUCCCCGUGGACUAUCCUGAGUCCUUUUGUUUGCCCCCGAAGGAACACCCCACAGAGAAACAGGCAAGCACACCAACAAAGACUGUUCUCCACACCUGGAUUAGAAGACCUUGAUGAUGGAGUCUGGGAGAGUGACGACGGCAGUAGUCUUCUAAAUGGUGCCAUUCGGGACAGCCAAAUAUCUCAUUCUGGUUCUGCGUCUCUUCCUGAGUGCCAUAGCCGCAGGCCUGUGUCUCAGGGUCCAGUCCUUAGAUCUGUUUCUAUGGAUGAAACCAGCAGAUCUCCAGCAUCUGGAUUCCGGCUGGGGAACCUCUUUCAGCGAAGCAAAUCUCAGAGGUCAUACUCCUCUGGCUCAAGGACAGAAAAUACGCAAGAAGGAACAGGAGUCUAUCCUAAUCAUAUAGACGGUCAAGUGUCCACCUCUGGCUUCAUAUCCUUCUUCAGACGCAUUGGUGGCAGAAGUAAACCUGGUGAUGCAGAAGAACAAGGGUUAUGAUAAUUUUAUUUACAGACAAAUUUAUGUUUUAAACUGUUUUGUCUUUUUUUCCUGUUGUGGUUUUAUCCUUUAAUGUAUCCAAGGCAAAUGGGGACUUGCUUUGAACUGUGUAGGUCUUGGUUUUUGGGAGUCAAAUCACAUUCAAAAAUCAGCACAUCUUUCUUUUUUGUGUUUAUGUGCGCAAUAAAGGAUAGCAUUGUCUUUUUAAAA